UGUCCUUGGAUAUGUGCCAUGGAUGGUCUGAGCCAGUGCGAUAUUCAGAAAUUAAUUGCAUUAAUUUAUUGUCUAUACUACUGCUACGCAUCAGAACACUCCCACGUGAUACCUGUGGAAGGAUAUGAAACUGAAUUAGAAAAUCUUGGCCAACAUGUAGAAAUUCCAGAAACGCCAGUAAAGGUGAUCAAGAUAACCAAAACAAUCGCUGUAAAGGUUCCAGUGCCAUACCCUGUCAAGGUGAGAGAAAAAGUUCCAUAUCCAGUGCCCAUCUCAAAGCCAUACCCUGUUCCAGUUCCGCAAAUCAUCAAAGUACCUCAUAUCGUCCAUACCAAAUCUGACCAACCAGAACAUGAUUCUAACAAUGCAAACUACGGAUAUACCGGAUUCCAAGGGAGUCCCCAUUUAGGUGACCAGGAUAAGUUCUACCAAGUACAAGAAACGCCUGCACAUGAAUCUGGACACUUUGCGCCACAGAGCUUUAACGGAUACAAUUCGGGUCACCAAAACUUCCAAGACGACUCCUCAGAGGGGUCGAGCGGGAGUCCAUACGGCGAGGCCGCUUCCAACUACUACGGGUACACGGGUAAAGACGGAAAUGAAUCCGAUGACACCAAAAGCUACGAUAAAGCCAUUAAGGACUACCUAGAAAAGAAUCAACUGAACAAGAACGGUGCUAGCAAAGGUUUUCAUUACCAUUAGCAUGACUAAAACUUGUAACCGUUAAAACUGUUUGUUUGAGUCAUAUCCGCAAUGCAAGUGAAUUCGGCCGACCGCACAAAUACUUGCUUUGUUGGAAUUAUGUAUAUCUCGUGCCUGUGUGAAUGUGAAUGUUCCCUUGUAAAUACCUCCCUGUCUUAUACCUUGCCUAUUUAUCUGUUGAAUUGAUUUAUUGUUGUUGCUAGAUGUAUAGUGCUGAAAAUAUUGUAAUUUAUACAAUAAUAAAAACAAGUUUUGAAUUA